AGAACGCGGCGGCAACGAGCAUCCUCCUCCGCGUGGGCCACACGCUGCGUUUACAAGCGUUCACACCUUCGGCCUGGCCUUUUUUAUACUCCCCCCCUUCCCCAAGGUGAUCACGUCUCGUCUCUGUCUCUCGGCCCACCGCUUCCAUCGUUCGUCCUCGUCUCCACGCUACCGUUUCGCAACCACCCGCUUCCUCCUCCGGAGACCGCUCGGCCGCCGCUCGCUCCAGCAUGGCCGCCGCGCCGUCCGCCACCUCCGUCCACGACUUCACCGUCAAGGAUGCAAGCGGAAAAGACGUGAACCUGAGCACCUACAAGGGGAAGGUUCUCCUCAUCGUUAACGUCGCAUCCCAAUGUGGCUUAACUAACUCCAACUACACUGAGCUGAGCCAGCUGUAUGAGAAGUACAAGGUCCAAGGCUUUGAGAUAUUGGCUUUCCCGUGCAAUCAGUUUGGAGGGCAGGAACCCGGCUCCAAUGAGGAGAUUGUCCAGUUUGCUUGCACUCGCUUCAAGGCUGAGUAUCCCAUUUUUGACAAGGUUGAUGUCAACGGUAACAAUGCUGCACCCCUGUACAAGUAUCUGAAGUCUAACAAAGGUGGGCUUUUCGGUGAUAGCAUCAAGUGGAACUUCUCCAAAUUCUUGGUUGACAAGGAGGGUCGCGUGGUGGAUCGCUAUGCGCCCACCACCUCCCCUCUUAGUAUUGAGAAGGAUAUCAAGAAGCUGCUUGGGAGCUCUUAAACCUAAAGGUCGGGAUCUGUAGAGCAACCUGCACUUAUGCACUGUAUUCAGCACUGAGAGUUGUAUUAAUAAAUUGGUGACAUGUACUUCACAGGUUGCAUUUGCACUAUACUCCUUGCAUCCUGAAUCUUUAUUGUACUCUGUACCUGUAUAGUUUUCAUGUCAAUAAAUUUCCUUGCUGUAUCUGUGUGUAUGCAUCUCAUUGGAUCC